GCUGCUCUUGCGGAUUUAAGUCGUGACCGCGUUGGAGUACAAAGCUGAUUCUCAGUGAAAAAAAAAAUCCAACCAAAAUCGGUUCCUAAUUCGGUAUUGUUUCGCAAAUAAGUUCUCAUUCAUCGAAAUCAUUUCAGAGAUGUCGAGUCCAAACACAAUCGAAGAUAACGAACUACCUAAAACCAACGUCAGAAGAGUAUUAGCAGAGGCACUUCCGCCGGGUACAGCAUGGCAAAGAGAUGCCAAGUUAGCUGUCAAUAGAGCAUCUACGGUCUUUAUCAACUAUUUAUCUUCGCUUGCUAAUGAUGUAGCAAAAGGUUCUGGUCAUAAAACGAUCACAGCAACCGAUGUAUUCAAAGCCUUAGAGGUGGCAGAGUUAGAUAAUUUAAUACCGGAUUUGCAAGAUGCUCUAUCAGCAUAUCAACAGCUGAUGCGUGAAAAAAAGAAGAAAAAGAAAGAGAGAGACGAACUCAAGUCAAAGGAAAACGGAGAGGACGAGGCCGAUGAAGAUACAGCGAUGGAGGAAUCUGUCAUUGGCAAAAAGCGUACAGUAGACGAGAUGGAAGACGAAGAUUUGAUCACUGAUCAAAAGAAAGUGAAAACAGAUGAAGAUGAUGAAGACGAUGACGCGUUAGAAGAAGACGAUGAAGAGGAUGAAGAAGAUGAGGUAGCUGACGAAGAAGCAACAGAAGAUGCUAAUAAAAACUAGCGAUCUGCCUGUUGCAUCUCGUGGCAGCUUGGACUCUAUGAGAACGUCAAUACGAUUCUUUUCAUUCUUUUGUAAAUAAAUCACCUUUCUGAGUAAUGAUAACGCACUCUGCUUAGUAUUGUUGAGCCAACUCAAGACGCUUCGGUUAUGUGCAAGUCUCUAAGUUCUAGUAUUGUGCAUAGAAACUGGCUUCACCUGAUCCCUAUUUUAGUUUAAUACAUUCGUUCAAACCCUUUAUAUACUCGUUUAUGUGAUCUGUUUUCGU